GGAAAUACUCACCGCCGUCAGUGGAGUAGUGUGUGAAUAUGUGUGUGUGUUAGGGGGGAUCGAGAGAGCAGAACGUGGCGAGUGGGAGUCCAGACGGACCACAACAACACGGGGGACUGAUUUUUCACCUUUGCCUUCAAUUUAUAGGAUUUCCUCGCUUCAUUUUCCACCAGGCUGGCAGUAACAGCUGGCUCAGAGAUGGCUGCCAGCACCGCAGCCAUGACCCUCCUGCCUCCGGUGAAGAACGUGGUGGUGUAUAGGAACGGAGACCCCUUCUACAUUGGACGCAGGUUCGUGGUCAACCAGAGACAGGUGGCCACCAUGGACGCCUUCCUGACCGAAGUGACCCAGAGCAUCGGUGCUCAGCUGGCCGUCAGGACCCUGUAUACCCCUAGACAAGGCCACCGGGUCACAGACCUCCAGGACCUGCAGACAGGAGCCCAGUAUGUCGCUGCUGGCUUUGAGAGGUUCAAGAAACUGGAUUACCUGAACGCAAGAACGAAAAAGCAGCCUGCCGCCCGUGAAGAAACCCAGGCCAAAGUAACCCAGAGGCCAAAUGUGUCAGCCAAAUGGAGGAAGUUCAUACCUUUACCUUGCAUUAUACACAUUUUCCGUAAUGGAGAUCUCCUGUGUCCACCAUUCCGGUUCAUCAUUCCUAGGAGCAUGCCGCAGGACCUGGAGCUGAUCCUGAGUCUGGUCACAGACAAGGUCAGCUUACGAACGGGAGCUGUGCGCAGGUUGUGCUCUAUGGAGGGAGCGACCGUGACCUCAGCUGUGGAGCUGGAGACUGGCCACUGCUACGUUGCCGUGGGAACCGAGCGGUUCAAGAAACUUCCAUAUGUGGAGCUGAUGGUUUCAAAAGCCACAGAGAGAUAUUACCCAGGAAAGAGAAGGCUGUUAAGGAGAAAUGAGAACAGGAAAGCAGGAAGCGGUCCAGAAGACCAGUACAGUGACUCAGCCCUCCUCGACUCCCCAGAGUCAGAUGGUCGGAGGGUGAAGUCGACAGGAGAUGAAGCUCCAGCAGCUGUUCAGCAGAGGAGCAGGAGACACGGAGGAGACGAGACCUCUGCGUUCUUCGCCAGGCCGGUCAAGAUCCGCAACAACAGGGGACAGCCGAGACCGCCACUCAGCAAUGGAUCUGUCCAGCCCAUCGUGUUUAAAAGAGCAGCACGGAAGAGAAGAGAGGAGGUGCGAGGGGCCGAGGAGGUGCACGAGGAUGAAAACACAGCUAUAGAGCUUCCUGUUGACCAGAGAGUUGCAGAAAUAGUGGAGGAUGAGGAACUAAACAACCACAACGAUCCUCUGCACAACACACAGCAGCAGAGACAUGCACAAAUCACAGAGAGUGAGCAGCAUAAUGGGAGAGAACACCCACACAAACACAACGGAGAGCAGGCUCUGUCAUCUGAACAAGAUGACGUGAAACAGACUGAAAAUUCUGCGAGGACUGAGGCUGCUGAAAUACUGGAGCCUGAGCUGCAGCAGACGUCCUCAAAGUCGAGGCCUUCGUCAUCCACCUCUCAGGGACAGAACAGGGAAGAAAAGGAGAGCUCAAAGGACGCCCCGUCAGUUACGGUAGAACAGAACCAUCAUCAAGAGGACUAGUGAAUGGCGAGCACAGAAGAUUCAUCAAAAAAGUUUUGUUACGGCCAGGAGCGCAGCUGACGACCCAGCGACUGCUUCUACAAUGACUAUGAAUGUUCAAUUAAAUUGGUAGUACUUUAACUGUGGUGAUGAGCCAAGCAACAACAUUAAUGUUUGUUGUUUUCUUUUAGAAAAAGUAAGAGUAAAAACUGUGAACAGGCUCAGACAAAACAAGAACAAACAUUAAAGGAGAUGGACACAUUAUCAUAAGCUCUAGUACAACAGGCCCUUUCCACAGCAACCAUUGUGACAUGUCACAGCAGGGUAAACACAGGUGUAAUGGAUCAAAUGAAUUACAGUUUUGUUCUAUUUAGGGCGUCAGUGGGCCAGAAUGCACAAUACCAGGGCUCUGGCACACCUAAAUAGAACAGAGACAUAAUUAAUGUUAUUAAUUACACCUGUGUUCACCCUGCGAUGACAUGUCAACAUGGCCUUCACAGUAUCGAUGGUCAGUCAAAACAACACUUCACUGACAUUAUAAGCUUCCCAAAGUUAGUAGGGGUGUAACGAUCCGUCAAUCUGGAUGGAUGUAUCGAUUCAAUGAUCAAUGAUCCAAUAUCAUUGAUGCAAAGUGAAAAUAUCGAUACAUAGCAUCUUUAAGAUGCGCCUUUAUUUUGAAAUUCCCGCUUUAUUUUUAUUCUUUUUAUUAAAAAGAAUAGAUUCAUUUAAAUGUUUGGAAGAGCCCAGUCAUAGAAUUGUCAAAUUAUAUUUUUAUAUUUUUAGGUCUCAUAAUCGAUCACAGGCCCCUCAACUGAAUCGAAUCGUAUCAUAGCAGAUAUUGUGAUAUCAGCAAAUAUCGUAUCGUUGUCCAAAUAAUCAAUAUAAUAUUGUAACGUUAAACUUGUGAUUUAAACCCCUAAACGUUAGCGUUUGUUGGAUUGUACAGCUGUUUAUGAUAUUGUGUCCAACCUGUUUUUACAAGGAUAAUUCUGAUGCAGAUAUUGUGUAGAUGUUCAAUGAUGCAAUUUAUUCCAUAAACAAUAUGUACAUAAGAAACAAUAUUUUUUGGGACAUUUUAAGCCUAAAUGUAUUUUUGAUUUGCAGAAAUCAGUGAUGAAGAUCGCAACGCAAAAGAGUUGUGUUUUGCCAACAAUUUAUUAAUGAAAUAUGUCGACAACGUCACAAGCUGGAUAGAUGCGACUAUAACAAAGUCAUCUGUACAGUGUUUUUGUGUCAAUAAAAAUAUAUAUUACUAUGUA